UUGGACAGCUGUUUUAGACUCUGACCUCACAAGCAUCAACAGUGUAUUUGCUGCUCUCAGUUGUGAAUGAGAGAGAGGGAAAAUGACACUGUUAAAGCUCUUGAAUUUGCAACACAUUCUAAUGCUGUCUGUAUUCACAGGAACAGCUAAUGGAUAUUAUUUCCACACAUGGAAACAGUGCAUCUACAGCUCUCCUGAUCUCAAUGACAUGGAGUUCAUUGAAGGCUUGUACUUCAAUAAAUAUCCAGUCAUUAAGUUCAACAGCACUGUGGGGAUGUUUGAGGGGUUUUCAGAUCUUGGAGUACAAACUGCAGAACUGUGGAACAAUGAUACAGCAGUCUUACAGCAAUUCAAGGCUGCAGUUGAUACAUACUGUAAGCCUAAUGCUAAACCUUAUGAAGCAGCAAUCUAUAACAAAAAAGAGCGUCCAACAGUGAAGCUCAGUUCAGUGAUGCCAGGUGACAGCACACAUCCAGCUCUGGUGAAGUGCAGCGCGUAUGACUUCUACCCUCAACCAAUCAAAGUCUACUGGCUGAAGGACGGUGUGCAGGUGACCUCUGACGUGACCUCCACUGAGGAGCUCCCCAACGGAGACUGGUACUACCAGAUUCACACCAUGCUGGAAUACACUCCCAAAUCAGCUGAGAAGAUCUCCUGCGUGGUGGAGCACGCCAGUUUCACCAGACCCAUGAUCUACGACUGGACCCCACCGGCCCCUGAGUUUGAGUGGGAUAUUCAACUAUUAUUCAUUAUGGAAUCUGCUGCAAUGCUGCUGGGAGUCAUCAUAGCUGCUGCUGGAUACAUUUACUUCAAGAUAAAAACAUCAGAACUGUAGAGACAAGUUCCUAGUACUACGACAGUGAUGGUCCUCAUACUGACUGAAAGGAGCAUCAUCAUGGAGAAGCACAAACAUGAAUAUUACACAUCGUCCAACUCUUCAACUGAAGCUUCAGAAUAAAAAAGAGGAAUAUAGCAUUGUAUCUGGCCAUUUCUCUGGCUAAUAUUUCAGCAUCUUCAGGCAAUAUUGGCAGUAAAUAAUGUGAAUGAUUGAGGGACUCACACUCCUGAAUCUCGGAUCAUGUUGUCUUAACAGUUUCUCAGUUUCCUCCAUCGACCCUCUUUUCUCACUCUCCUUCUACAUCUUACACUCUUUCUGUCCUCAUUCUCUUCUUUUCUGUGUUAGAUAAAUAAAUGUAUAAGUUUAUAAAUA